UUGAACAGCUCACCUUGACGCUAGAUAGCCGAAGUGCCCGCUUGCAUAUCACCAUCAUGCACCUGCCACAUGGUGUCAACGGCCUCUUGGGCCGAGAUGCUCUCUCUCAACUAGGGGUUCGACUAACUAAUGAAAACCCCUUUUAGCAGUGGCCACUGUCGAGCGGUCUUUCCCCAUACCUUUGACCUGGCUAACCAACGACCCGGUAUGGGUGGAACAGUGGCCUCUUAAGAAGGAGAGACUGCAACAAGCCCAUCUAUUGGUACAAGAGCAACUUGCUGCUGGCCACUUGCGGCCAUCAACAAGCCCCUGGAACAUCCUGCCCGCUGAGCACACGUUGCUUGGUGCUGUCACCCAAGCAAAAAACAAAAAGGGGGAGACUACUAGACCACUGGCAGCUGUAUCAACUCCAAAACCCCUGCUGAGUGUGCAACCACCCUCUUGCAGGGGCUGAAUGUUUUAAUGACUUGGGAUCCUCAAGAGCUGCAGCUAUUGGGCUCCCAAAGGAUAGGACACCAAAAAGAGGGGUGGAGUAAGACUUGCUUUGUAUUUGGGGACAAGUUUAGGGGUGUGAACGUUAUGGUACAUGUAGCCCAAAUGCUGGGUGUACUGUCUAAAGGCCCUGAGAAAAAUUUCCAAUGGACAGACGUGUCACCUGGGCCACCUUAUGAUGACUUCUUAUCUCUUGGCGGAUACUGUGGCACUAGUAUUUGUAAUGCACACAGUGGAUUUCAUGCCUAUAAUUGUAGUACAGGAGCUUAUGGGGCCACCAGUGUUCUCUUCAGUAAUACUGAGGACAUUAGGAAGAGUAACAUACCUCUGCUAUGGAACAACAAGACAGCCAAGGCCUUACCGCCCAACGUGUUUCUAAUAUGUGGUGACAGAGCAUGGCAGGGGAUACCGAGGAAUGCCUAUGGUGGGCCCUGCUAUUUAGGGAGGCUUAGUCUCUUUGCCCCUCACCAUCGGGAUUGGCUGAACAUAACCAAACUGUCAGGCCUGGUAAGGCGGGAGAAACGUUCAAUAUCCGCGCUAGGUCCAGACUGUAAGGAUGAUGUAGAGCUUUGGUCUUUCACCGCUAGGGUGUUUGCCUCCCUUUUCGCACCUGGGGUUGCUGCUGCCCGGGCAUUGCGACAAAUAGAUAAGUUGGCAUGUUGGUCAGUUAAACAAGCCAAUGUAACGACCGACAUUUUACAGCAGCUGCUAGUAGAUCAGAAUAGCCUUAGACACGCUUUGCUUCAAAACCGCGCCGCUAUAGACUUCCUAUUGCUUGCCCAGGGCCAUGGGUGUGAAGAUUUUGAAGGUAUGUGUUGCUUUAAUCUGUCAGAUCAUAGUGAGUCAAUUCACAAAAAACUGACAUGGUUGAAGGAACAUACGCAGAAGAUAAAGCAGGAGAUGAGCCCCUUUGACGAAUGGCUUCAGUCUCUUGCUGGUGGACUUUCACCAUGGCUCCUGAGCCUUAUUAAGGAAGUGCUUCGCUUGCUAGGAAUAGUUCUUCUUGUACUCUUGAUUAUUAGGAUAGCCUACUCAUGCAUCUUGCGUGGUGUGGAGAAAGCAACCCGGGCACCCAUUCUGCUGGCCCAAAAACAAAACGGGGGAAUUGUUGAGGAAUGGCUAAGAGAGAAUGGGCAUGGAGAAUAUAUGAAAUUAGUGGGUCAGCAGAAUGAAGAGAUUGCAACAUGCUGAUGUGACAAAGUGACCAAGGACACUGUCCUUGGGCAAAGUGGUAAACAAGGGGAAAAAGGAUGUGUUUCCUGUUAUGAAGAAGGAACACAAUACUUGUUUUGAAGGAAAGGACCACACAAGUGCAUCCCGUAGAGCUAUAGAUAAGCAAUUGCUGACAGUGGAAUACCUUAGCUGCUUGCUAUAAAAGAACGCUGCUGCUCCAAUAAAGUUGUCACCUGCUUAUAAUCCAUA